AUGGCUAUUUCUGGACGCUCCCCCACCAGCGUUUCCAGCCGCUCCAGCGGUGGUCAUGCCUUUUUGCCCUGCUGGCUCGACCCGUCGAUCCCCCCACUGCACCCUCCUAAUGGGGUUCUCGGGACGCUCGCCACCAGCGUCCAAGCCGCCCCAGCGACUCCAGGUUACUAUGAUAUAGUAGCAGAAGACAUGUCUGUGUGGCACGUUCCCAACAACUUCCCACUGGAGCACUGGAACCUGGCAGCCAUCCUCCGCUACCACACUAGCAACCGCUUCCUCCGCCUGUAUGGAGGAAACCUCUUUGAGCUCUUCAAGCGAUAUCCAGUGAGAUACAAUGUUGGCUCGUGCAGCAACAGAGGUCCAGCUGUUCCCAUUGUGUAUGACCAUGGAGACAAAGAGUCCACCAAGAUGUUAUAUGGACCCAAUCCAAGAACGGAGUUUGAACCAGGUUUCAUCACAUUCAGACCAAUAAACAACGAACGUGCAGCCAUGGCUAUCUGCUCCGGGGUCAAACCGACUGGAUGCCACACUGAACACUACUGUAUAGGAGGAGGUGGAUAUUUCCGUGAACACAAUGAACAGUGUGGGGACUUCCCGGCAUUUGACUGGGACAGACUGGGAAUUUCGCAAGGCUGGAGCGCUUCCAAAGAGAUGAGGGAGGCUGCUGUGUUACUGUUCUACCGCUGAGAGGAUUAUUUUCACAUGUACAUUGUAAAGUCAGUGAAUCACAUAAAAUACAUUUUAAACAAAUUCAAAUGAUUGUAAACUUAAAGUAAAAUAGAAUUUGUUAGUUCAGUGCAUGAAUGCAGUGUAUGAAUGAGGUUCGAGUUUUGUCAUAAAUAAUAUUGCAUUAAACAGUGAUUUGUCAUUAAGCUGCACUCCAGAAGGUGGCGUCACUGAACUGUAUAUUCAAAUAAAACAUCAAGUCUGUCUGUACUGGGUUGUGUUUGUCUCCUGUGUUUUAACCUUUUAGUAAUGAUGCAUGCACACUUUUGGUUAACGGACCUUACUUAACAUCUGCAAAGGCACUGGCACCCAGCCAGCAUCUCACAGGUAACAGCACAUGUGAACAUGGUAGUGUUGCCUGGUUUACUUAAAGGUUCCCAUCAGAUCAUUCAACAGAUUAUGGCGUGCCCCCACAGGGUGGGACGGGAGGCAAUUACUGAUGAUACAACUGCUAGGCCCUCGACAGGAGGAGUUUAUUUUUUUUUAAUUUUUUGAAAGUUAUUUAUCUUCACUCUGGCUUCUCAACCUGUCUGCUGUUUCUGUUCUAAGAUACUUCAUAUUAUACAGAGACCAGACAAAAAAGGUGAUUGCUUGAAGAAAAGUAAGCGAGGAAGUCUCUCGAUUCCAGCUUCACUAUGAACUAAGUAGGCCUCAUUGAUCCAAAUUCUGUUCAAAGGUUGUUUUCUUGCAGAUCUGUUUAUUGCAGUCAAAACAUUGCAAAAUCUGUUUUUUGGGGUAAUACUUGCACUGUAAGCGAUCAUGAAGAGGAUCAUUGCAUUGAGGGUGGAAGGAGGUGAAAUGUUGCCCUCUACAAAUUACAAAUUGCUCCUUUAACUCCAUCCAUUAUCUGUAACCGCUUAUCCUCAUCGGGGUCACAGUGACGGUGGGCCUGGAGCCUAUCGCAGCUGACUUCAGGGCGAGAGGCGAGGUACACCCUGGAAAAGACGGCAGCUUAUCACAGGGCACAUAGAGACAAACAACCAUUCACACUCACAGACACACCUACGGCCA